UGGCCUACUGUGUGCUGCUGCCUGACUGUGUGUGAUGUCGAUUAACUUUUAUACACUCUGUUUGUGGUGCUUCUUUGCUCUUUGCGCGCUGCUCUCUCACUCGGCAGCAGCUCAUCAUCAUCCCGACGACCCGUCCGCCGCCGCCGCCGACUGCCAUCUCGGGGCAGCACAGCACAGUUAAGUUGUAGAGCGAAAAUCAGAGACAAAUGGUUUCAGUUGUAAAUUGACAUCACUCCGAGCAGCAGUCAGUAGCUGGUUGAGGUUGGUGGCGCAGUCAAAGACACUGAGAGUUCUCGAUUUAAGCUCGGUUCAGAACAGUCGCGCGCGCGUUCGCUUGUGCGGGUGCGUGUGUGUGUGUGCAUUUGUAAGUGGCGCGCUAAUAGUCGAUAAAUUGACGUUGAGUGUUUCCCCCUCAACCCUCCCCCCUUCCAGAACUGUCAACAAAAAGAAGUGGUGAACGAACGGAAAACAAGAGACCAAAAGUCAGUUAGUCAGUGCAACUAAAGUUAGUAAAUACUUGAUGCUUUUUGCUGCCAUCAUCGCGAGGGCAUCAUCAUUCGGAGGAGCAUCUUCACUUUGUGUGUUGAAGGACCAAUUGCCGCGUCCAAGUGAGAGUGAUAGAGUGAAAGAGAAAGAUUCUCACCGCUUUGCAACUCUGUUUCCACCCUGCCCCACUCCGACACCGACCUCCCCCCAACCAACCCACCCGCCUGCCUCUGAGGAAAGCCACCCGGCGCGCAAAACGGUGUGUUUAUUUCAAUUAUAUUUCUCGAGUUUUGAAGUCGUGUUAUUCUUGUUUCGUCGUUGUCGUCCUGUGUGUGCGCUGCUCGCCAUCUACUGCUACUCCACGCCACCUCUCUUAUCUCUCGGUGGAGCAGGGGUUCUCAGCACGGUGUCUACAAAAUUACAGCCUCCGGCGGCAAGUGCAAUAAUUGUGUGCAAAGUGAUUUGAAUAAAAUUAUCAAUAACUGCGAGUUUUAAAAGGAAAUUGAGUGAACUGAACAAAAUACCAAUUCAAAUAAAAUUAAACGACAAAGGAUGUCACUGAUUGGAUACAAACUCAUCGCCGCAAACGAAGCCGACGGCCAUCAACAGUGAGCACAGAGCAGCACAAGAGCCGUCAUCAUCGUCGAGCAACGGCCAUAAUUUAUGGCCCCCCAAGUUAACCCAGUGAGCUCAACCAGUCAACACAAUCCCAACUGGCGGACCACCCCACCCAGUGAACCAUAGGUGACCAAAGGCACCCGCCGCCGUCGUUGACCACCGCAACCGCAAUGACACAGGCUGAGGAGGUCCGCGAAGUGAACCAGGUGUGCAUCACCAACACGCCCGAUCUACACACCCAGGCGGCCCAGGCAUCCGAUCACCGGAAGUCACCGCCGUUGCAGCCUCCCCCACCGCCACCCCCUCUGCCACCUUCGUCACUCGGCAGCGAAGAUUGGAUCCACAGUACAAACCUGAACGUCUUCAACAUCACGACGACGGAAUCGACCAACAAAUGGCACCCGCACGUGUACGCGCCGGUGCGACAUCCGACGCCACACUCCAUCAUGGACAUUUUGGGGUGGAAAGAACCGGAGGAGGUGCAGAAGACGCCUCCGAUGGAGCAGGGUAUCAACCAUAGUAGUAAUAACAACAACCAUUCGGUGCCAUAUCUGCUGCGAGGCUUGGACAUCGCGGCCAAGGAGGUUGAGAUGGAAGAUCAACCGCUGGAUCUUUGCAUUGCAAAGUCAACGCCAUACGAGAAGCAUUUGGAAGAAGAAAUCACCCAAGAAUCGGUUCGAUCCAUGAGCCGAGAGCGGGCCCACUCGACGGAUGUGGACUCGGAGAUAUUCGGAUCGAACGAGUCCCAGCACUCGAUGAAAGAUUCGUCCUCGUCGAGUGUGCCGCACGCCCACCAGAAGCUAGUUCCACCGUCGGCCGGACCGAUGGUGGGAGCGAAAAAGAACAGCCACAGGUCCCACGAAUCGCUGGAACAACAGAAUGAGGACGACGAGGAUGGUGGCAACGGUCGGCGAAAGAAGAAAGCGCGGACAACCUUCACCGGUCGGCAGAUCUUCGAGCUGGAGAAGCAGUUCGAGGUGAAAAAGUACCUCUCGUCGAGCGAGCGGACCGAAAUGGCCAAACUGCUAAACGUCACGGAGACGCAGGUCAAAAUCUGGUUCCAGAACCGCCGCACCAAGUGGAAAAAGCAAGACGGCGACUCAACCGGUCCACCCAGCCAAGGACCCAAGGAACCAAAAGUGGCCUCCAAAACGCCCUCCACCUCACCACCAUCCUCCCUCUCUUCCCCAACCCCACCAUUUCCCCCAUCCUCGUCAGCAUCCUCCUUCCCCCCAAACCCCACCGAGGACAAACCCGCCAAGCUGACCGCAAAGCAUUUCUCCAAGCACGGCGGUGCUAAAAUGCGACGCCCCAAACCCGACGACCACCCGUCGGCCACCGAUCUCCACCAUCUGGCGAAGCUUCCCAAGGACCAGAACCAUCACCACCCGAAGAAGCACGCGCUGGACGCCCCUUCGCCACCGUUUGUUCCGGUGGUCAGCAGCGACAUCGAGGCUCGGAUUUCGGCGUCGAAAAUCUCACUGGACGCGAUCUGCAGUGCGACCAACUAUCUGAUGAAGGCGUCACCACCGCCGCCUCCACCACAACUUCUCCCGCAGCCCAGCGAUCGGUCACCGAUUCCGGCGGCACCCAGCGACGACCGCGCUCGGAUGGACGUGGCGGACUCUUGAAAGGAGUGAUUCGCUUUUUCAACUAAUCACGGAUUGCGGUGUUUGCGUGUGUGCGUUUCUCUUCCCUAUUUACGAGUAUCAAACAAAGAAAAAGUCAUCUUACAAUAUUUCAAAACACACAAGUUUAUACGUUACGUUAAGAAGUCGUUUCGGAUAGUUAAGAAAAAUUUCAACCACGAAUACUGGGAAAGCAAAGUGAGAUUAAAACAAUAAAAAUAAAAGCGAAAAUCUGGAAAUC